AUGAGCCUCAACAGGUCCCCAGAGGAGACCCCUGAGAGAGACUCAGGGAGAACAGGAUGGAAGCCCACGGUGAGAGAUGCUUUCAAAGACAUUUCCAUAUACUUCUCCAAGGAAGAAUGGACAGAGAUGGGAGACUGGGAGAAAAUCCGAUAUAGGAAUGUGAAAAGGAACUAUGAAACGCUGAUUACGAUAGGUCUCAGAGCCCCUCGACCAGCUUUCAUGUGUCACCGCAGGCAGGCCAUCAAACCCCAAGUAGAUGACACUGAGGAUUCUGAUGAAGAAUGGACACCAAGGCAGCAAGUCAGACCUUCUUGGGUGGCAUUCAGAAUGGAGCAGAAUAAACACCAGAAGGGAAUACCCAGGGCGCCAUUAAGUAAUGAAUCUAGUUUGAAGGAAUUAUCAGAAACAGCAAAGUUGCUGAACACAAGUGGCUCAGAGCAGGGCCAGAAACCAGUGUCCCCUCCUGGAGAAGAAAGUACCUCUGGACAUCACUCCCUACAAAAAUUGGAACUCAGGAGAAAGGACGUUGAAGUAAAGAUGUAUAGUCUACGAGAAAGAAAGAGCCUUGCAUACCAAGAGGUCAACGAGCCCCAGGAUGAUGACUACCUCUAUUGUGAGAAGUGUCAGAACUUCUUCAUUGACAGCUGUGCUGUUCAUGGGCCCCCUACAUUUGUAAAGGACAGUGCAGUGGACAAGGGGCAACCCAACCGCUCAGCCCUCACUCUGCCCCCUGGUCUGAGAAUCAGACCAUCAAGCAUCCCUCAGGCUGGGCUUGGAGUAUGGAACGAAGCAUCUGAUCUGCCAUUGGGUCUACACUUUGGCCCGUAUGAGGGCCAAAUCACAGAAGAUGAAGAGGCAGCCAACAGCGGAUACUCCUGGUUGAUCACCAAAGGGAGAAAUUGCUAUGAGUAUGUGGAUGGAAAGGAUAACUCUUGGGCCAACUGGAUGAGGUACGUGAACUGUGCCAGGGAUGACGAGGAGCAGAACCUGGUGGCCUUUCAAUAUCAUAGGCAGAUCUUCUACCGAACCUGCCGGGUCAUCAGGCCAGGCUGCGAAUUGCUGGUCUGGUAUGGGGACGAGUACGGCCAGGAGCUGGGCAUCAAGUGGGGAAGCAAGUGGAAGAGCGAGCUCACAGCAGGGAAAGGAGACAAUGCAUACAACACAGGCAGUUGUGUCAACAUCUUCCUGACCAAAAAUUUCCUCUUUCAGCAGAACCAAAGCCAGAGAUACAUCCAUGUCCUUCCUGCUCUCUGGCCUUCUCCAGUCAGAAAUUCCUCAGCCAACAUUUGGAACGCAAUCAUCCUUCUCAGAUCUUCCCACAAAUAUCUGCAAGAGAAUAUUUCCAACCAGAGGAUCCCUGCCCAGGCGAUCAGAAUCAGCAGCGGCAGCAAUAUUCUGAUCCGCAGAGCUGGAGUGACAAAGCUAAAGGCCAAGAGGUCAAAGAAAGUUUCAAACCUUUGCUUAAAAGUGUAA